CAUCUUCCACCAACAACGUUCUAAAAGCAUUUGAUCGCGAUGGAGGCCAUAAAGCAGAAAAUUUUGACAGUUCGGGAACAUGCAUCGUUAGUCGUAAGGACUUACAGACAUUGGGUGGACAUGACCAUUCCUUAUAGAAAGCGUCGUUGGGCCGCUCAGACGGCUCUUCUUUGCUUGUUCUUUUUCCGUAUUUUCUAUGUGAAGGGCUGGUACAUUGUCUGCUAUACUUUGGGUAUUUAUUUGUUGAACCUGUUUCUUGCAUUCUUGACGCCCAAGUUUGAUCCCAGCUUGGAGCAGGCCAUGCUUGAAGAGGAGACGGAGGAAGGCUUGCUUCCCACAUCAAAGGAUGAUGAGUUUCGUCCGUUUAUCCGCAGAUUACCUGAGUUUAAGUUCUGGUAUGCAUCCAUCAAGGCCACCUCGAUUGCCAUGAUUACUACAUUCUUCCGCAUCUUCGACGUCCCGGUCUUCUGGCCUAUUCUUGUAAUGUACUACAUUGUCUUGUCAUUCUUUUGCUUCCGUCGCCAGAUCCAGCAUAUGAUCAAAUACCGCUACGUUCCCUUUGACUUUGGUAAGAAGAGAUUUGGAUCGAAAUAAGACUCCUCGUAAGAGUCAGUGUUGUGCAGCUUGAUGUUCGCACAUGUGCAAGUCCGUUGUUUGUGGACCCGGUACACGGAGCAUGCACUCUUCCCGAACCUCUGUUUUUUUUCUGUAUUUUCUUUCCUUUUUUUAGAUGGUUACAUUGUCAGGUUUGUUAUAUAAGGGUAUAAAACGUUCAAAAAUUAUUUGGUCAUGUAUAAAAGUUCUCUGCAUCCAAAAAGCGAAGAACUAUUGAUGUGCACCAAACUGAGCAUGGAAGGUCAGCAGGAUAUGGCUUUCCCAACAGACAGGUGGCCAUAGAGCUGCCCCCUCUCGCGCAUCAUCUUGUCUUAACAUUUCCCACAGCAGUGUCUCCGACAAUUGUUGCUGGGUUUCGUGACGGGUGUGCGCGCCUCAAAGCUGUAUGCGUUCUCCUGCUGCUCUUCCCACAAAGUUUUGCCACUGCAACUGCAUACAGUUUUGUUUCCUUGUCCCACACCGGCACUACGUGCAAUAAUGCCGAGAAGACUAAUGGAUGUUGACGGUUUUGUGUCCUUUGGAAUGAGUGUAAGUGCACGACCAAUCCACUCGUCCAGACGACCGUUCAUAGAAAAAAUUGUUUGAAUGGUACCGUGGCAAGAGGAUGUCAACUCAGCCAGACGUAUCCAUGGAGAACCGGUGGAGCAUGUACCCCGUGAAAUGUCACCCGUAUGCAUAAUGGACAGGUCGAAUGGAACAUUGGGUGCAACGCCGUUCACAUUCACGUCGACGACAACUUCUUUACUUUCGGCAAGUGUGAAUAGUCUACACAAACCGUGGACUGUAGAGAUAGUUGGCGAUUCCAUGGUGGAAAUGUCAUCAUAUAAUAUGGCGACCGCAGACUCUUGGUUGCUAAUUCCUCGAAUAAGCACUGGUUGCCGAAGAGUAUUUUCCAGUUUCGUCAAAACUUUGGAUGGAGAAACUUUCAAAAAAUGUCAGUCUAAGUGAAUUGCGAGGGAAUCGGUGGAUUGGAAGCUAUGUUUUUGUGAUCAAAGUUUGCUUGAUUGUCGGUUCCCUUCCUCUCACCUGCAUGGUUACACUUACCUGCCACAUCCAUAAGCACCGAGCCUUUAUCCGCGUUCCACACAAUGUUCGCUGCAUUCAAGGUUGCACAAGCAGCUGUUACUUGGGGCUCAGUGAUAUCCUUACUAUCGCGGAGCCAACACUCUACCUGUUUGUAUUAGCGUGCGAUCAGAACAAGCCCUCUUCCUCUUCAUUUCGUAUCAAUCAUACCGUGUAUGUGCAGCCAAUAUCACUCAUUUUCUCGUUUUAAGGUUUGCUAGUUUUGACUGGCACAGCGUAUUUUGCUCACUACUAGUUUCUUCGUGGAGAAACUCCAGGGUUUAAAACUCAAAAAGGGGUCAUUAGUCGUGCACGAUCUACUGCAGAUCAAAAUAAAGUUGUAUCGAUUGUCGAUCAACACGUUGAUCUCUCCUGACGUAUGAGGUGUCGAUCAUCGAUGUAGUUAUCCACCCCAUGUCAUGCACAUUCACUUGCCCAGAGCAAACCACAUUUCCCACAAACAGCUGGAAAGAUUUGCAAU